UUAUUUAUAUCUGCCAUAUAAUCAAAGCUUUCAUUCUUGAGCUUCUUCUUCUUUUGGUUUUGCUGAUGCAAGUCAUGGGUUCGUCCCAGUUUUUAUCUCCCACCUUCAAUAACGACGUCGCCGGAAAGUUCAGUCACGAUUUCGGACUUAAACUACUGCUCAAAGACGAGGAGCCUAAUAAGGAAGAAGAAGAGAAAUUAGUCAGUCAGCCGGUAAUGGAAGAUGAGAAAGAAGAGGAAGGAGAAGAAGAAGAAGAGGGGGAGGAGGAGGACGAGGAGGAAGAGUUUUCAUUUGAUUGUUUAAAUCCCGAUGGAUCCCCGAUUUCUGCUGACGAUUUGUUCCAGGACGGUCAGAUCCGUCCGGUUUUUCCGUUAUUCAACCGAGAUCUCCUCUUCGCCGAUGAAAACGGCAUCGUUUUGAAGACCGAAGAGGGUGACGUCGCUCUACCUCCUCAGGUGAGGAAGGUUUUCGUGGAAGAUUCACCGGAUACUUCGUCGUCGUCGUCUUCUAGCACGUCGGAGCCGGCGGGGCCGUACUGUGAGUGGGGAGGCGGAAGAACCGUGGUGGAAGCCUCACCGGAUACGUGCCGGAAGAGCAACUCGACGGGAUUCUCCAAGCUUUGGAGGUUCAGAGAUUUGAAGCUCCGAUGUAGUAGCGACGGAAAAGACGCGUUCUUCUUCUUAAACAAUCCUUCAACUUCUUCGUCGUCGUCGGUAAAAAUUAAGAAAAACGAAAAAGAAGAUAAGAAAUUGAAGGUGAAAGUAAACGAAGAGAAGCCGAAGGCAAAAAAGAGCUGUAAAACGGGGCCCCCUUCGGCUCACGAACAGCUUUACGUUAAAAACAGAGCACAAAAGGAAGAGGUUAAACGACGGUCGUAUUUACCGUAUAAGCAGGUCGGGUUUUUCACUAACGUCAGCGGCUUGAGCAGAAAUGUCCAUCCAUAUUAGGUUUCUAAUUAAUUAAUAAAAAAUUAAAAUAAUUUUAAUUUUAUUU